AAUCAAUAUGGGAAAUUCCCAGCAUUCAAGGUCGUAAAUACAUAAUAUUGUAAACGAAUCUGGAUGAUCCGAGCACAUAUUAAAACAAGAAAUAAUCCUCUAAUGACGAAAAGCAGUAGGGCAGAAAAGAACUUUAAGCAUGUCCGACGAAGGAUAUAUAAUUUACCAAUAUUAUACAAGAUCGUCACUUGGUCGUGGCAGCGAGAAGAAUGAUUCAUCACUUAGCAUCCGCCUCAAAGAUUGUGCUGGAAAUGUCAACAUGAAUCAAGUACAAUGCAGUCCAGGGCCUAGUUAUUCUAAAGAAUUGUCUUGUGAUAUAGUCAUUGACAAUGAAAAUGAUGUUAAUGAUGACGUGGGAAAGGGUAGGGCUACUGAUGACGUGAGGGCUGCAUGCUUACAUGAGAAAAAUGAUUAUCUCGACUUUGAGCAGAGCGUUGCUGUCCGAUUCUUUGAUUAUACGACUGGUAAAAUUCAAGUCGACAAAGUAUGUUCUGGAAGACUCUUUUCAGAUACCGAGCAGAGUGUUGUUGUCCGAUUCAUUGAUUAUUUGACUGGCAAAAUUCAAGCCGACGAAGUAUGGUCUGGAAGACUCUUUUCAGAUACUGCAUCGUCAUUACAUGAUUCGAUUCCUGGACUUUCUAGUGAACUCAUCAAGAGAAACCAUUUGAUGCCUCUCCAAAAGAAAUUCACGAAAAGAUUCUCCGAUUUUGAAGAAUUUCUCAUGAAGUUAGUACCAUCUAACUUGAAAAGAAAGGGAAUUAUUGGUUGGAUAGUUUUGGCUCCAAGAGACUUUCUACUUUAUGAGGAUUUUGUUAGUCUGACUGAAGCAUACACAGAAUGGGGAAGACUCCUGGAAGAGAAUGUCCCUGUGAAUUUCCCUUUGAUCCGGAAUUUAGCCGAAAAACAUAAUAUUUUUUCUGGAAAGUGGAUGAUUUUUCGACAAAAUGGUUUACAUGCUGAUCUUACUUGGAUUCGCAUAGCUCGAGCUCACGAAGACGGGAAGUUAGGUGUUGCCACGAGGAUUUCUUUAUUGCCAGUGGACGAAAAAAUGAAUUCAGGGGAUCAUGUUAUUUUUGUAUACAACGAUGAUUUCAGAGAUAGAAAGGCUGUCUUUGAACUAGAGAAAAAACUACGGAUGAUUGGAAUACGUUGCAGAAUGCUUUAUAAACCAUUGGUGUUUACUUUCUGCAAUAUUUUCACCCAAAAUAUAUGGAAAAUGAAGCCGUACAUAUAUACGAGUACAUACGACGUUAAGAAAACACAAUCCACAAUAGUGAAAACAUAUGAUUGUGCUUAUGACUGUAAUAAUGAUGAUUAUGACGAAGGGAAACACGAUGACCAUGACUAUUAUGGCGGUAAUAAUCUAUAAUCUAAGAUACGUACGGUAGGCCUACGAAGGAGCAUACUUUGUUUGUAUUUAAAACUACAGGCCUUAUUCAGAUCGGUUUAAGUGUGGAUCUGCAAGUAAAAACACAAUUUACUUGUGGAUGUACUUUGCUGUUAUAGCCUACUUUUUAAGACAAUAUAUAAACGACUGAGAAGUUUUGCGUUGUGAAGUACAAAUUUUGAAGUGCUUGCGGUACACCGAUAGUUCUGAAAAGUACUGUUUCGAUCAAGAUGCCUCCAUUGUAAUCAGGACACAUAAGGCCCCAUAAAAAAGAAUUAUGAGUUUAUCACCCUAGCACAGCGAGAGUUUCGAACCCCCGACCUCGAGUCCAAGCCACAACCGAUGCGCCAACCGCUUCUACAAUCAAAUAUACUCU